CAGCCUCGACUCCUCCGGCACCCGACCGCGUGAACAGUGAAGAGCGCAACGCCGCGCCCGCCACGGCCGACAUUUGGGCUCAGCUUCCGCAGUGCCUCGCCAUCAACUCGCUCACCAGACAACGCUCAACCCUGCCCCGCCGCCAACUUUCUUGCCUCAUAUGCGCGCACCACCGAGACACCGCGACCGACGACACACGCACACGCGCUGCGCCUUCCCUCCCAGUCGCUGCCACUACCCGCGAUCACGAGACUCCUUCACUUGCACAUGCGAGUCAAUGUGUCUGCCGUGACACCUCCUCGACAACCGCACCAACGCCUCUUGCGCGCGGCCUGAUGCACCCAUCCCCACUCGGCCACAUCUAAAUGUCUUAACGACCCGCUGCAUACUCGACAAUCAUGGUUAAGCCCGACCUGAAGCACAACUACUACCAGGACCUCGACCUACCCACGACCGCCUCCGUUGAUGAUGUGCGCAAAGCCUACCGAAAGCUCGCACUGCAAUUCCACCCCGAUCGCAAUGCGGGCAGAGAGGAGGAAUGUGUGCCGCGAUUUCAGGCCAUACAGGCCGCGAACGAGAUUCUGAGUGACCCGACUACGAAGGCAAAGUACGAUGCAGACCGACGGAAAGUGGGACUAUACCCGACGUCCUUCAGCAAACCCAGUGCGCCGACGACUGGCAACCCUUAUGCGGCACGAUCGGAUUUUCCCCCUCCACCAAGACGAACUCAGCCUGGGACAUACCAGAGACCAGGAGCGUCCGCGGCAGGCCCUCAGCCCACCGGUGCUGACAGGUUUACCAAUUUCCCGCGUGCAAAUAUGCCUCCUAGGAAGGACCCAGCUGCAGAACGAACUCAGCAGUUUCGUGCAUGGCAGAACAUGCAGCAGCCAAAUACAACGCCACGUCCUCCUCCUCCAGACGUGCCGCCGAGGCAAGCACCUCCACGAUCACCUCAGCCGCCCACGCCAGGCGCUGCUCCGACGUCAGCUCGGCCACGUGCUGCUCGACAAGACACAAAGAUGCCAACGGAAGAGCAGAUACGAGCUGGCAUGCGGUACGGCAAGAGCGGAGGUCCGAACCCAGAAGAGGCCGCGAACCAUCAAUCAGCAUGGCAAGCUUUUCAACAGAAUAAUGCUGGUCAGCCCGGAGUCAGGAAACAGGCUCAGCGGAAACAGCCCCCUGCGACGCCAAAGAGACCUGGCGGGUUCGAUCCUAAUGCACCAGGCUCAGACGAGCGAGCGGCACCGCAGUCAAGUCAUUAUGUGAAUCGCCACAAGUCAGACGACUAUGGGCGCAACGGUUAUCCUCCGCCACCCCCGGGACCUCCGCCAGCCUCGGCAACACAGUCGCCAACGUCGCCGACGACCGCACAACGACCACUUGCGGACCCUCUGCGACCCUUUAAGAGUAGGAGCUCGAAUGAGGACGCGCCGUAUGCCGAAGGAAACCGAACGAGUACGCCUUAUUCGUCGUACAUUGGCGAGAAGACCGCUUUCAAUGCCGAAAACCUACGACGUUCGGCCAGCGUAAAGGACACGACAAAACUAUCGCCAGAGAGCGCCAAGAGUUCCUCUACACGAGCUCGAAGUGUCGAUCCAGCGACGAGAAAGAAGCAGGCCGAUGCCAACGGCUCUACAAAUGACAGGAAAGGCAAUGGCUUUUCCGCCGGAAUGUUCAGCGACUCAAGCUCAGACUCACAACAGUCUUCUGAAGACGAGGAUCUCACGGAAACACCCGAAGAAAUGCCACCGCCAGUGCAGCCUAGUACAACAUCGAACACCGCUCAACAUGGUGGUCCUGCGGCUAGGAACAUCAAGACCCCGAAACCGCCCAGUCGAUUGUUCACCAAGAAUGGACGUGUUCCAGCGCCUGGGAGUGAUGCAGCAGCCCAUACUGACAGUGAGCAACCGAGCAUGCAGGAGCGCAAGAAAAGCGCAAACAUUUUCUCUUUCCCCAUCGACAGCGACACAUUCAAACAGACACCUGGCAAGAGCCGUAGCGUCGAAGAAAUUAACACGAAUUUCUCACCAAAUGGCUUCCAUGGCAAAUUCGAGGGAUCUGGCGACUACUUUACGAAUCCGAACACCCGACGUCCGUCUCCAACUCAUCGGACAUCAUCCAGGCGUGGUCAGCGCGCGGCAACGACGGACUCAACGCCCGCCAGUGCCCGCGCGUCGCCUAUGCCAUCAAUGCCCCGACCAAAUGGAAGUGAUACGUCGUUGCCCGGCCCAAGUACGCCUUUCAGCCCUGAAGCAUGGCAGAAGACUUUCAGCGACGGUGGUGCAUUUGCUUGGCCUCCGCCACCACCGAAUCCUCCUGCUUCGACAGCAGCGAGCAGGAGGGGCAGCCGUGCCACCAAGACUAAUGGCACAGCCAAACAUCCCCAUGUGGUACAAGACGAUGAGGACGUUGUGUUUGAGGUGGACAAAACUGGUCGCCCUGUACAAAGCACUGUACCGGUCGAAGAGGGCGAUGCCAUGGACAUUGACACCCCUCCACCAGCAGAUAAGACAGCUCCCGCACCGCAGGGCACCCCAUCACAACCAGCGACUGCGAAAGAACCCCGCCUGUACUCUGUGGAACCGUCGGAGUGGCGGCAGCAACAAUCGCAACAGCAGCCGAAGCACCAUCGACCGACCUCAAGCUCAACACGCCGGGCUGAGCGCAAGUCUGCUGGAGAAACGAGCUUCAAUGUGAAUCUGGACGACCUACGCCACACGGAGCCAUUUGCUAGGAGCAACGACGGACUGAAGGAUAUGAACGACCUGGGCUCUAGUCUGCCUUUCGCUUCGAAAGCAUCGGCAGCGAUUCCCACAGAAAACACACGCCUACCGAGACUGCUUGCGAAGCCGGCCCCAGCCGUGCCGGAAGGACCAACGAGACUCACCAAGGCAAGCUGGAUUGCGUACACCAAUUCUUUUGCGAGUUACCUUGUUGAUUUCCACACUUGGAACAAGACGUAUCUCGAGCACUUUGCAUCUUUUGAGAAGGAGGCAGAAGACCGCAUUAGGAAUGAUGGAUUCACGUGGCUCCAGCAGAGUGGCGACACUGUCAGCGGCAUUGGAGGGUUCGGCAGCUACGCACGUUCGGUCGAGGAAGAGAAAAUUUCUCGCGAAGCCUGGAUCAUGGGACGGGACAAACACGCUGAAGCGAUCAAAAAGUUUGAGACAAUGCGCGAAAGGGUCAGGAUGUUGGCUGAAUCCGGUACUUUGACGGAGGUUUAGGAGCGCAGGUCUGCCAGGCGUUUGAGGCGUAUUUGGAGAGUGAGAGGAUCUCUACGGAAGUGGGUCAAGGAAGUGUAGGAUCACAGGAAGCAUGAGGUUUGUUACAACAUUAGCAUGGCGAUAUGGCGUUUGCCGCACCAUCAGGGACGGCUUUGCAGGAUCAUUGACAGGUUGAGCUGACGGGUGCAGUUGCACUGGAUAUCGGCGGUUGCCUCACGAUUAUAGAGCUAGUGUCUUGUCCAUACUCAUACGCCAUGCACUUGGCUGAAGAAGAAAUAAUCCCUACUACGAGA